CUUCAAUGUCAAAUCAAAUGUCAUUUGCUAUUGCCAAAUCAAAUCCAAUUUUGUGGCUGUAGUCGGUAUUCUGAAUGAAUGACACAUUAUUAUUAAACCUCUGUCUUCAAAUACACUAGAAUCCACAGUGAGUGAAUAGAAACAAAAGUGUAGUGAAGAUUCAAAUAUCAUUUUUAUUUCAAAACCGUUAAAAUGUCCAGCGAAACGACCAACAAGAACUUUUCCAAUUUGGAAACACCUGGUUAUGUUGGGUUUGCCAACCUUCCUAACCAGGUGCACCGUAAGUCCGUGAAGAAGGGCUUUGAGUUCACUUUGAUGGUGGUUGGUGAGAGUGGACUGGGGAAGUCCACUCUGGUCAACUCCCUGUUUCUGACCGAUCUGUACCCUGAAAGAGUUAUUCCUGAUGCUAUUGAGAAGACGAAUCAGACAGUGAAGCUAGAUGCUUCAACUGUGGAGAUUGAAGAACGAGGAGUAAAACUACGUCUCACUGUAGUCGAUACUCCGGGAUAUGGUGAUGCUAUUGACAAUACAGAUUGUUUUAGGUCAAUAAUUCAAUACAUCGACGAACAAUUUGAACGGUUCCUGCGAGACGAGAGCGGUUUGAAUCGACGUAAUAUUGUUGAUAACCGCAUACAUUGCUGUUUCUACUUCAUAUCGCCGUUUGGACAUGGGUUGAAACCCCUGGACAUUGAGUUUAUGAAGCAAUUGCACAACAAAGUGAACAUUGUGCCCGUUAUCGCCAAAGCCGACUGUCUCACCAAGAAGGAGGUUCAGAGGUUGAAGACUAGGGUGAUGGAAGAAAUUGAACGCGAGGGCAUCAAGAUCUACCCUCUGCCUGAUUGCGACAGUGAUGAAGACGAGGAUUACAAGGAACAGGUACGCCAAUUAAAGGCAGCGGUACCGUUCGCGGUGUGUGGGGCGGGGCAACAGUUGGAGGUGCGCGGGCGCCGCGUGCGAGGCCGCCUCUACCCUUGGGGGGUCGUCGAGGUCGAGAACCCCGAACACUGCGACUUCAUCAAGCUUAGGACUAUGCUAAUCACCCACAUGCAGGACCUGCAGGAGGUGACGCAGGAGGUGCACUACGAGAACUACAGGUCCGAGCGACUCGCGCGCAGCGGACAGGUGCCCAAGCGACACACAUCGACUGAGAGCGGUCUGAGCGAGGCUGACUCGAACGGCCUCACAAAUGGAUCGGAAGACCCUAGUGACCGCGAACGUGCGCUGCGUGAAAAGGAAGCGGAGCUUCGUCGCAUGCAGGAGAUGUUGGAGCAGAUGCAGCGCCAGAUGAACCUGCAGGCUGCCGGCGGCGCCAGCACCACUACCACCGCAUAGUGCUUGCGUACCGCACAGUUGGACAUUAGUACGGCUGUCCAGCUGCCAGCGACGUGUAACCUCGUCAACUCGAUACUUCGCGCCAUCCCCUAUUGCGUUACUUCCAACUAGAUGUAACUGUCGUACAGCCUGUAACGUUCACACAAAUAUAUCGCUCGGAAUUAAUAUUAAGAGUUAAAAUUGUUAAAAAAAUAUUGUUGAAAAAUCGCCUAACUAGACUAGUUUAGUCGUAGUCGCGUUUCCCAUCACUGACAAUGUUAUUACGGAUAGUUCAUGUCAUUAUGAUGUUCGCUUAGCAUGCGUAUGUGAGAAAAUAUAAUAGCAAUAAAAAAACAUCCGUCAUUAAUAUUAAAAUAGUUUACUAUUAGCAAUACUCGUGAAACGACGCCAUAUAUUUUUGUGAACAUUACAGAGUUAAGUAUUAUUUACUCAAAUAUUAUUUUCCUUUCAUAUUAUAUAGGACGAUUAUAGAUAUAACCAUAUCUAUAGACAAUAGAAUGUUUUUAUCUCUCUAUACUAGUUGUAAGGUAAAUGCAAUAUUUAUACUGUGCAGGUAUAUGACAUUUUAUUUUAAGCAAUAAUUAAUCGAUUCGAAAUAGGCUGCGAUUAAUCGACUAACCUAUAUUUGAAUAGUCGAUUGUACGCUGAAAUUGCACAUGGAACACUGCAGAAUCUCACAUUGCUGUCUGUGUUAGCGUGCACUUUUACUUAUAAUUGUAAGACAAUAUGCUAUCUUUGAUAUAAAAUGAGGUGUUGUAAGCUUAAAGCACAAUAAGACACGAGAAUUGCCGCGAAACUAAUUGUUUUUUUUUCUGUAGUGUAAUAUUUGUAAAUUGAUUCACUCUAUAUGGAUUUGUAGUUUUAUCUAUCAAGUUAUUGAAUCGUAUAAUUAUAAUAAGAUGUUAAUGGUAACAAUAGGUUGUAAACAGCGGCCUCAUAAUGUUGAUCUGAUACGCAUUUAUUAUUAUUGUUCUGUGCCAUUUCGUUCUGUAACAUGUUUCAUAAUUAUAAUACGUACUUCUGUCAAUUAAGUCACUAAAUAUAUCUGGUCGAAUGUAUUUUAUUAACAUGUUGCAAUACCAGGAAAAAAUUUUAGGUUAUAAUAUUUUUUCCUCGUCAAGAAGUGAAGUAUUUUUUUUUUCUAAUGACUAAAGUAUUAUUUUACUUUUAUGACUGACUUUAUAUUUUAUUUGAGUAUUCCAUUUUUGUAUUGUCAAUUUACUCUUUAAUGUUAGGAGAUUACAGUGUCCUACUAGGUAUGCAUGAAAAUAUAUUAUUAUUUUUAAGGUAUUAUUGGAAUGAUUGUAUCGAAUUGAAGGCUGAAUUGCUAUUUGGAAUGUCUAUUUGAAUUGAAUUAUCAAAUCCUAACUUUAGUAGGUACUUAAAAUUCUUAGUAUCUCAUGUAAUUAGAAUUUAUUCCAGCGUUGGUGCAUUUAUUUUGUACUCGAAUGAUAUCUCUAUAUUGUAAACUAAUUGAUGAAUCGAAUAUAAAAUGUAUUGAGUCCUAGAAGUUAAAUUGGUGCCAAAGUUUCGAAAUAUCAAAGUCAUCUAACUUGAAAAGUAAUAGUUUCUGGUUUGUUUUAUUGUGAGUUUAACUAGGUACCCAUGUACUUUUAUGUAAAAGAAACUUCUAUGUAAUCAUAUUUUUAUAGUAAAUGUAAACG